ACCUGUCCCAUUGGCGUGUGGUGAGGCUUGCUUAAUUUAACUGCUUUGAGGUCAUUGGAUGCGAUGUAAGUGCCAAGUAGUAGUAAUAAAUGUGAGCAGUCCACAGCCUCCCUGCAAUAGUGCCUUGCCACAAGGGUGAAGGCAGAGUAAUAAACUUUUCUUGUUACUAUAGUUCCUGCUCCUGCAGCGAUCAAUGCAGAAAUAAUAGGCUGCAUUGUGGAUUUCUAUUCCCAAGUGAUAUAGUGUGUUAACAACAGAUGAGCACCCUGCUGUCCUAAACCAGGUAUCUCUCAAACUUGGCAGGCUCUUGGACCCUGAGGAAGCCUGGAUCUCUCUUUCUAUGUAUGUAGCACUGUAUUAUAAUUAGUGCCUCACACUUCCUCAAGAUUUAAACUGAUGCACUGUGCGUUCGUCCGGCUGGCACUGCUGUCAGCCAGCACCUGAAAACCCUCCCUUUGCAGGGCUGCUUCCUGCUCUGCUCGCUUUGAAUGGUUAUUAUUUUACUUGUUUGGGGCAAACAACUUCCUCCCACCACCACCGCUCUUUAAUAGUCAUCCCUGCCCCUGACCCUAGCUUGGAUUAACUGGAUUUAACUUAAGCUGGUUCAUUUUAUUACUUUAUACAUUUAAAGGGAUGGGUUCCUCCCACUCUAUGCCAGAAGAGAUUCAAGAACUUGCUGACAAGACUGGCUUCACUUUGGAACAAAUUGAGCACCUUCACCGGAGAUUCAGGCAGAUAAGCGGGGACCAGCCAACCAUCCGCAAGGAGAGUUUUGACAGGAUCCCCGACCUGGAGUUCAAUCCAAUUAGGUCAAAAAUUGUCCGUGCCUUUUUCGACAAGAGGAACCUACGGCAGGCGCCGAAUGGGUUAGCUGAUGAGAUCAACUUUGAGGACUUCCUGACCAUCAUGUCCUAUUUCAGGCCUAUUGAGAUGAACAUGGACGAAGAGCAGCUGGAUCACUUCCGGAAGGAGAAACUAAAAUUUCUCUUUCACAUGUACGAUUCGGACAACGAUGGGAAGAUCACCCUGCUGGAAUACAGAAAAGUGGUGGAAGAGCUGCUGUCUAGGAACCCCCACCUGGAGAAGGAGUCAGCGAGGUCAAUUGCGGAUGGUGCCAUGAUGGAGGCUGCCAGCAUCUGUGUGGGACAAAUGGAGCCAGACCAGGUGUACGAGGGAAUCACAUUUGAAGACUUCCUUAAGAGCUGCCAGGAACGUGGUAACAGCUUCCAGGAGUGCGGCACUGGCAGUGGGCUGGGCAGGUUUCCCGUGCGCUGUCUCCUGCCAGCACGCUCAGUGUUGUUCUGAAGGGCUCACUUCUGAGAGGCGUUCGGUCUCCGAGGCCCCUUUGAUCUUGACAGAGGCUGUCAGCUAGGGGUGCCAGAUGGGACCGUGGUUUGUGAUGUGGACCCUGGCCCCAGAUGAAUUGGACGGAGACACUGAACUUGCUUCACGCAGAGCUGCCAGGUGGUAGCAGCGUUCAGCCAUUACCAGCGCUGGCACCAUCCUUGGCCAUUCAGCGUGGGUGUUCGACAGACCAGCUCAGGGUAGAAGGAAUGAGAAGGGCUCCUGCCUCUUAGGAGCCCCCAGGCAAGUCCAUUGCCGGGAAAAGACCAAGACCCUGACGUCCAUCGCAUUUAACCCUGCCUGUUCCAA